ACUCCUAAAUACUAGCCUCUCACUUCUACAACAUAUAAUACCCCAAUCCUCAACUCUCUCGUUUGCUCUCCUCUACUCACUUUCUGUGCCAAAACACACAAAAACGGAGAGAAAGUGAGUGAGUUAGGAAGCAGAAGAGAGCCAAAAAUGGAGAUGUCAAUUGCUUCACCUUCUUCUACAACACCAACUUUCUCUAUUCUCAACUCUAGCAAUUGUAGCAAGAAAAUUUCUUGUCUUUCAACUCCUUUCCUUAAAAAACACUUCUUUGGUAGUACUUUGCCUUCUUGUUUAUCUGCUAAAGUACCUUUCAAAGUAAACCCACUUCGUACUUCUAUCAAAUGCGCUGUUUCUGAGGCUACUGAAGCCCCUUCUGAGAAGAAGAGCCAACUGAUGAGGAGAAGUGAUAUACGGAAUAUAGCAAUCGUUGCACAUGUUGAUCACGGGAAGACCACAUUGGUUGAUUCUAUGCUGAAACAAGCAAAGGUUUUUCGUGAUAACCAGUUUGUACAGGAAAGGAUAAUGGACUCCAAUGAUAUAGAGCGUGAAAGGGGAAUAACCAUACUUAGCAAAAACACGUCAAUUACUUACAAGGAUACAAAAAUCAACAUAAUUGACACUCCAGGGCACUCUGACUUUGGUGGUGAAGUCGAACGCAUCCUCAACAUGGUUGAAGGGGUUCUUUUAGUGGUAGACUCUGUUGAGGGUCCAAUGCCCCAGACAAGAUUUGUCUUGAAGAAGGCACUGGAGUUUGGCCAUGCUGUAGUUGUUGUAGUCAAUAAAAUUGAUAGACCUUCUGCUCGUCCAGAAUUUGUCGUUAACUCUACGUUUGAACUCUUCAUCGAAUUAAAUGCAACGGAUGAACAGUGUGAUUUUCAGGUAAUAUAUGCCAGUGGUAUCAAGGGAAAGGCAGGGCUAUCACCUGAAAAUUUGGGCGAUGAUCUUGGCCCACUGUUUGAGGCCGUCGUUAGAUGCAUUCCAGGACCCAAGAUUAAUAAAGAUGGUGCACUUCAAAUGCUUGCUACAAAUAUUGAUUACGAAGAACAUAAAGGGCGCAUAGCUAUUGGACGUGUGCAUGCUGGAAGUCUGCGCAGGGGAAUGGAUGUGAAG